UACAAGUAAGUAUGAGUCAUUUUAUAAGUGCUAAGGAGAGUUAGUUUGACUCACAAUAUUAUGUACGACGCUUGUGUUCGGUUUUAAUAUAAAUAAAUAAAGUAAAAUGCUUGUUUUUGUGUUAAUAUUUGGACUUUUUGCUGUGUACGUGAAUUCUCAAGAUCCUGAAGCAUGUGUGCACCAUGGAAACGGUCAGUCUGGGAAAUGUCUUCCAGUUGAGAAGUGUCCUUCAGCCAAACGUGAUGAGCGGUUCCAUAUCAAAAAACAGUUUUGCUCAACCAAUGGCACAUCAGAUAUUAAAAGAGUUUGCUGCCUUGACGAAGAAGAAUACGGAACUGAUUUGAUAAAGUUUAUAGAUUCAGACGAAGAGUGUAUGAAUCUGAAAGUUCUUAAUCGGGAACCAAAAGUGCCAUCACAGGGGAGGAAGGCUUUGGAGAAAUGCCUCUUAUACCAAAGGACCGUGAUCAAGUGUAAUGCAACAAGCGUAAAAACUCCUUGUUAUUUCGAACCUGAAAUUCAUACUGUAGGCGGAGGAGGCGUUAAUGCUUUCGAAGGAGAAUUUCCUCACAUGGCACUAUUGGGUUACGGGAAGAUUUUUUCUGAAACCGAGUUCAAUUGUGGUGGGUCUCUGAUCAGCGAUCGGUUUGUGUUAACUGCUGGUCACUGCACGCGAGCUUUAAACGUGGGAAAUGUAACAAUCGCCGUUUUUGGACUCCUAUCUUUAAAACAGACACCUUCAAAGAGAAAUAUCUACGGAGUCAAGAAUAUCAUAAAACAUCCGAUGUACAAGCCCCCGAAAAAGUACCACGACAUCGCAUUAUUGGAAAUGGAUAGACUGGUCACGUUGGACAAGUUUGUGGUCCCCGCGUGUCUACACGUAGGGGACCUGGUGGACGACAGCAGAGCGUACGCGACAGGCUGGGGCUACCUCGGAUAUAAUCAGGAUCGUGCUGCGGUAUUACAAAACAUCCCCCUGUGGAAGGUUCCUCAUGACACUUGCAGUCUGAAGUUCUCUCCUUACAAACGUCAUCUACCUGACGGUAUUGUUGACGCGUCGCAGAUGUGUUACGGAGACGACGGGACGCCCAGAGAUACUUGUCAGGGAGACAGCGGUGGUCCAAUUCAAAUUAAAAGCAAAAACAUCUACUGCAUGUACAUCAUCCUCGGCGUGACGUCCUUCGGGUAUACAACCUGUGCCACAGUGGGCUACCCCGGAGUGUACACCAGGGUGUCUAACUAUGUACCCUGGAUAGAGAGCAUCGUGUGGCCUUGAGAUGGAGACUUGGAUUGUGUAGCAAGAAGUCAAUGAUG